AAGGCAUUAAAGUUUUUUCGGUUCCUGGCUUUCAAGACGACCAAGAAGAAGCGGAAUAAGGGGCGUGCCAAGAAGGGACGCGGCCACGUGCAGCCUAUCCGCUGCACCAACCGCGCCCGCUGCGUGCCCAAGGACAAGGCCAUCAAGAAGUUUGUCAUCCGCAACAUCGUGGAAGCCGCGGCUGUCGGGGACAUCUCCGAGGCCAGCGUUUUCAACUCCUACGUGCUGCCCAAACUGUAUGUGAAACUGCAUUACCGUGUAAGCUGCACAAUCCACAGCAAGGUGGUGAGGAAUCGGUCCCGGGAGGCACGAAAGGAUCGGACACCCCCACCCCGCUUCAGACCUGCUGGUGCUGCUCCCAGACCCCCUCCAAAGCCUAUGUAAAGAGCUAUCUGCCCCCAUCAACAUUCCUGAACUGAUCAGAGGAAAAUAAAAUGGUGGUCAACCUUUAAAAAAAAAGGCAUUAAAAAAACCACAGAAAUUACUUAUUAGUUUUGAUAUAUUCUUUAAUUCUUCAUGACGCAGCUAUACUUUUACAUAUUUGCUAGAACGUGUACCUUUGAUGAAGAGACCAUUUUUCCAAAACCAGUCUUGAUUAGAGUCCAUAGAUUUUCAAUGGAGUUUAAAUAGAGUGAAUACUCAGGUCAUUAACUAAAGCAUGAUACAGACAGUUAUAAUGCAAAUUUAUCCACGGACGCCUGUGGAGAGUGGGCCAACACACAGUUCAAGGACAUGUGGUGGCUGAGAACAGAGAAGCAAGAGCAGGAGGAGGAACACGCAGGGGCUGUGGGGCCAGCCACAUUGGGGCCUAGCCAGAACCAAGAUGAAGAACAUGUGGGGGGCAGAUACAGGAGGGCUGGAACAUGGACACAAACAAGAGAUGAUAGGUGACAUGUGAGGACCAGGGACAGACACUCAGUAUCCAAGUGCAGAAAAAUGGAAGACAGACACAUAGGGACCAGACGUGUGGGCAGGUAAGCAAAGUGGGACAAAGAUCUCCUCUCUUGCUGCCAGAGGUCCCAAGCCAUGUUCCCAAUCUGGCAGUGGCAGUCUCUCUGCACAUGUGUUCUUUCACUUGGGGUUUUUUUUAAUUUCUUUUCUUGGGGAGGAUAGAGUGGGAGGCUGCAGAGCACCAAGUUGAGGGGCAGAAGCAAAGAGACAGAGCACACUAUUACACAGUAAAGUUAACAAAGGUAUUUUUGGGGAUAUGGAUUUCUUUCAGAAUUCUUUACAUAAAAUCAAAUUUGUGCAAUGUGAAUUUACAGUGAAAACUGUCUGUAUUUAGUUCUCUAUCUCUUGAAUAAAUUUCUUAACUUUUCAUGACUUGGUAUGGUAUGAAGACAUAUCUCCAUUUUUAAUCAUUCUGUAACAAUUUCUGCUCCUAAGUGUAUUUAUUUGUCAAACUUCACCAUUCCCUUAAUAGGAACAAGAUUUUCAGGACUACUUGAAGUUAAAAAACAAAACAAAACAGAAAAACAAACUCCAAAACAUUUUGGGGUGAUGUCUUACUGUCUAAUGAAGAUGCCCAGAGCUUACAGGCUCAUCUGGAUUUCUUCUGAUGGCAAUUUUACUAUAGACUUGAAAGAAUGAGUUAUCAGCAAAAAUUACUCCAGUAUUCGUGCUCUUGCCCAUGAGAAGCAUUUUUUUCUUCACAGCAAUGGCUAACAGUUUUGCCUAUGCUUAAAUUGGUCUUCUCCUUGUUCUUCCAACUUCAAAAAGCCCAUGCCACAAAACAGACAAAGCAAUAGCAAGCCCUCCAGCCUCCAGGUCCUCGUGAAGAUCUUUGCUCGCUCUUCA